CGCCGCGCCACCGCAAAAAAAAAGAACGCUUCGGACAUGCCAGAGACCAUCACCAGCCGAGACGCGGCUCGUUUUCCUAUCGUUGCCAGCUGCACCCUCCUAGGACUCUAUCUCUUCUUCAAAAUCUUCUCCCAAGAAUAUAUCAAUCUGUUGCUCUCCAUGUAUUUCUUCGUCCUUGGGAUCCUCGCGCUGUCCCACACUAUCAGCCCCAUGAUGAAUAAAUUUUUCCCAGCCAACUUUCCCAACAAGCAGUAUCAACUCCUUUUUACUCAAGGCUCCGGAGAAGCAAAGGAAGGUAAGUUUGCUCCCUUCUUCAGCCAAAGCUUGGAGAAUCUUCUCUGUGAAUCCUGCCUUGUGUGUCUGCUUGUGUACUGCCAUACAACCAAUGCUUUCGGCAUCUCUCCUGGCUGUGUUGUAUUGGGGCCAAUGAGUGGAUUUAAAAGAACAGCAAAACUUCAUUAGUUACGAUUUCUUUAUGUCUGU